AUGCCAAGAGGCGAACUCCUUUAUUCUGCAGAUGACCCUACGCUUCAAAAAGCGUGGUUGACUUGUGGAGCGGAAAUGAAUUGGGGUUCUUACUUCGCACUUGCCAUGUUACCGUUCCUAGUGCGUUUCGUGCAGAGCAUCAGACGUUACAAGGAUUCAAAGUUACCUACUCAUCUCAUUAACGCCGGCAAGUACGGGAUGGGAAUAGUGCACUACUUCUGUUAUUACCUGUGGAGACGCGACGGAGAAUCUGACGGCGGUGCUUCUUUCGUUAUGUGGUGUUUGGCGGCAGUUGUCUAUUCACUAUAUGGGUGUGCAUGGGACUUCGCGAUGGAUUGGUCUAUCUGCAAACCCCGCGCUAAAUACCCCCUCCUCAGGCGGGACUUGGUGUACACAUCGCAGAUUCCGCUGUACUAUGUUGCUUUGGUCAUGAAUCUUGUCAUUCGUUUUCUCUGGGUCUUCUACAUACCCAGUUGGUCAUACUUCAAUCUCCGGUCAUUCAUAUGCAGCCUAAUGGAGAUGAUAAGGAGAGUUGUGUGGAAUUUCUACCGUCUCGAGAAUGAGCAUCUUGGUAACAUGGAUCAAUACCGAAUUACACGCGAGUGCCCACUGCCAUAUUCGGUCGACAAUCCUCAGCAGGAGGACGAGGAGGACGAGGAGGAUAAAGCUUAG